AUGUUGCUAUUAGUUCUCAUUGCAGUUAUUGGAAGCGCCCUGGGCGGCGUGGACGAGAGAAUUAUUGGAGGAGUUCCUGCUGCAGUCGGAGAAUUUCCUCACCAGAUUUCCCUUCGGUACAGACAGUACCACACAUGUGGAGGCUCUAUUUUGAAUCCAUCUUACAUAUUAACGGCUGCUCAUUGCGUUGAGGGCAGGGCAUAUCCUCCUGAUUUCACAGUCGUCACUGGUUCCAUUCAAUUAUUAGCUGGAGGGCAAUCACAUGCAGUACAAUCGAUCGUAUUCCAUGAAAAAUUUGCCCAAAGCCACUUGAACAAUGAUGUUGCAAUUAUCAAGCUUCAAAGACCAAUGACAUUCAACCAAUAUCAAAAACCAAUUCGUCUACCAAACUCCGAUACUCCUUCUGGUGUAUUGCUGACAGUUUCAGGAUGGGGUCUUACUGCUUAUCCAAGUAAUACAUCGCCAAACUAUCUCCAAAAAAUGCUGGUCAACUCUUGGAGUAAUGCCGAAUGCCAAAGAUGGCACGACUACGGACCAGGAGGUAGAGCAAUAGAUACCAUUUAUCCAGGAAUGUUGUGCGCAUUUAACAGAUUACAUAUUGGAAUUUGUAAGGGUGACUCGGGUGGUCCAUUGGUGGUAUACGACAAUGAAGGACCUGUGCAAGUUGGUGUUGUUUCUUGGGUUUGGAGGUAUUGUGCUCAAGGUGUACCUGAUGUAUAUGCCAGAGUACAUUACUACUUAGAUUGGAUUCAUGAACAUACUAAUAACGAAUUACUUUAA